GGGAGAGGUCGCAUUGACAACGUGACGUCACAAACAACGAUCAUUCAAGAGAGAAAUAUGUCGGCGUGCAAGAGGAACAAGUGAUAGUUAUUGUGUAAAAAUAUUCGUGAUUCGGUAUUCCAAAUUAGUAACUAAUUAUACAUAAAGACUUAUUUCAAAUUAAUAAACUAUGGCACAAAUAAUCGGAAUAGGAAAACCGGACUACAUAGUUGGUGGAAAAUAUCGUUUAGUUCGCAAAAUCGGUAGUGGAUCAUUUGGUGACAUUUACUUGGGCAUAAAUAUCACAAAUGGAGAGGAAGUUGCCGUAAAAAUUGAACAAAUUAGAGCCAGACAUCCCCAACUUUUAUACGAAAGUAGACUGUACAAAAUCCUCCAUGGUGGAAUAGGAAUACCACAUAUUAGGUACUAUGGCCAAGAGAAAGAGCACAACGUCCUGGUGAUGGACCUGCUGGGUCCGUCGCUCGAGGACCUGUUCAACUUUUGCUCGCGCCGCUUCACCAUCAAAACGGUGCUCAUGCUGGCCGACCAGAUGAUCGGGCGCAUCGAGUACGUCCACUGCAAAUCCUUCAUACAUCGCGACAUCAAGCCCGACAAUUUCCUCAUGGGCAUCGGUCGUCACUGCAACAAGCUGUUCCUGAUCGAUUUCGGCCUUGCCAAGAAGUACAGAGACACUCGCACCCGCAUGCACAUCCCUUAUCGCGAGGACAAAAAUUUGACCGGUACAGCGCGAUACGCCUCCAUCAAUGCUCAUCUCGGCAUCGAGCAGUCGAGGCGAGACGACAUGGAAUCGUUGGGCUACGUGCUCAUGUACUUCAACAGAGGCUGUUUGCCCUGGCAAGGUCUGAAAGCCGCCACCAAGAAGCAAAAGUACGAGAAAAUUAGCGAAAAGAAGAUGUCCACGCCCGUUGAGGUGCUCUGCAAGGGUUUCCCCGCCGAGUUCUCGAUGUACCUGAACUACUGUCGCGGGCUGCGGUUCGAGGAAGCGCCCGACUACAUGUACCUGCGACAGUUGUUCCGCAUCCUGUUCCGCACGCUCAACCACCAGUACGACUACACCUUCGACUGGACGAUGCUGAAGCAGAAGGCGGCGGCGUCGGGCGGCGCCGUCGGCACCUCGGCGCAGCCGCAGACCUCCCAAGCCCUCACCCAACAGCCAGGCAACCGUUAACGCGUAAUUAAUACGUGCACCGACUGGGCUUGGGCCAACUCCGUAAAAAUAUUGGUUGGUUUAAUCUUUUUUGAAUUAACACAAGCAAAAAUAUAAAUUUUGGUCCCCUUAGAGGGUGGUCCGACUCUUUUAUAUUUAAAAUUAAAAUUUUUAUUAUAAGUGAGCAUAUUUACGAAUUAUAAUUUUACUUUUAUCUAAACUAUAAAAAAAAAUAACCGUCGUCUAAGCGGAAUACUGUAUAAAAACCUAUAUAAGAUUAAAUAAUAAUUAAAAAAUAAAACAAACAAAAAAUUAAAUGAGAGCCUGCGGCCACUUACAAAUUAGGCCCCGCGCUCGAACAAAAGUGUAUGUAAGUAUAAAACAAAAAAUUGUAUGAAAUGUGAUCGAAUGAGAGCAAGUCAGGCUGUAUUAUUUAAACUUUAUUAUUAAGCGUAGAUUAUGAAAAAUAUGAUGAAUUCAAGGAACAACAAGGAAACAAGCAAUUCAUCGUAUCAAUAAGGGAGUACACUAACGUAAACUUUAAAACUGCUACGUUGCAAAAUUUGUACGUUGUUUUCUAAUGUAGCCGGUAAAAUGUGUGGUGUUUACGUAUUUGUUUAUUGAUCACGAACUGAUAAUAAUAAGAGACGCGAAAAAUAUAAUAAAAACGUCGCAAUUUUUCGAUUUACAAUUUCCAUUAUCGGUGUAGUAAUUUGUAAAAAAAAUAAUUAGCUUCGUGUACGAUUUUUCACGGAAACCUUCGUUCAAUUUCCUAUUAGUAUAAGUCAACCAAAUGCAAUGCUUCCGACAAAAAGUUAUAUAAUAAACACGUAAACCCUAAACACAAUGGAAUUUUUUUGCCAAAUAAAAUGUUGUCAAAAAAACUACAUUCUAUUUAGGACAAUUUGUGAUAGAAUUAAACGUAAAAAACGAGUCCAGAUUAGAGUAGGGGAAGGUUGCGUUUCAUUGGCUGAUGGUCGUUUUAAAUUAAAUAAAGGUUGCUGUGAUUGGUUCAUCAAUUAUAUCUCACAAUAAUUUUUUCGUUUAAAAUUAAGUGUAAAUUCGCAGUAUGUUAAAUAAAAAAACUUAUUCAGUAGCGGGCGUAAUCAACACCUGCCAUUAUAGCAAAACAUGUUUACAUUAUUAACAUCCGUUUAAUAAAAAUUUAAAUGUAUAAAGUCAGUGUGUGUACUAUUAUUACUAUUAUUAAUAUGCCAAUCUGUAAGUUUAGGUUUAUUGUUAUUUGUGUAAUAUGAUUUCUUCUCUCAUUUAUAUUUAGUAACACUAUUAUGAUAGUUUUUUUGGGCUGAUCGCCGUUAUUUUUAAGUUCAUAACAGUUCGACAUUUGUAAUGGUACUGUUACAAGGUAUUGCGAAAAUAAAAAGUCUAAAAUACA